GGCUGUGCCUUUUCUGUGUCAGUUUCAGGAGUCCUGAGCUUGAGCCUGAAACAAAGCAGGGAGGCUGGGAAAAGGGCUCUCCAGAGUUCGCCGAGACGCCGAACUGAGGGGGGGGAGACUCCUCCCUACCUUGGCCGAGGCGUCGGGCUGUGCCUUUCGCCGUCAGCUCUGCGCAGCGCCAAGCUCUUUUUCGGAGAGAGCAUCUGGCUCCCGAGCGGGGCGGGCGGGCGGGCAGGGAAAGUUUGCUCGGCUCUUUCCUUCGCCUUUCCGCUCGAGGCGGGUUUUUUUUGGCCCGAGGAAGGAUUAAGAGGGAGCUUAGCCGACCCGCCGGCCGCCUCCAGCGCUUGCUCCGUUGGCCACCUCCACAGCGAAAAGCGAGAACCUGGCUGGGACGGGGAGAAAAAGAAAGAGCAAAAAGCGAGCCCGAUCCGGCUUUCUCGUCUUGAUCCUGCUCCAGUGCGCCGCUUCCUUGCCUGCUGGAGCCGACAGCCUCCUCGCAAGAAUUCCGAGAGUGUUGCUUCCUCCCCUCCUCCCCUCCCUCCCUUGAGGUUCGUUAAGGGAUCAUAUUAUUCUUUUUUUUGAAAACCCAAAGAAGAAAGGCAAGGAAGGAAGGCGAGUCCAAGCAGUUGAUUCCUCUCUUCCAAGAAGCGCGCUCCCGAACAAGCUCGAGAAGGGGGGAAAAAGAAGGGGACCCGUCCGCGCCUAGUCUUGGGGAUGGAUGAUCAGCCCAGGUUGAUGCAUUCCCACGCCGGAGUGGGGAUGGCUGGCCACCCGGGCCUGUCCCAACAUAUGCCGGACGGAGCUGCCGGCACUGAAACCGAGGGGGGACGAAAACAAGACAUCGGGGACAUUUUACAGCAGAUCAUGACCAUCACCGAUCAGAGUUUGGAUGAAGCGCAGGCCAGAAAACAUGCUCUGAACUGUCACAGAAUGAAACCUGCACUUUUUAAUGUUUUGUGUGAAAUUAAAGAAAAAACAGUAUUGAGCAUUCGAGGAGCUCAGGAGGAGGAACCCACAGACCCACAGCUAAUGCGGCUGGACAACAUGCUCUUAGCAGAAGGGGUAGCUGGCCCUGAGAAAGGAGGGGGCUCAGCAGCAGCGGCGGCAGCAGCAGCAGCCUCAGGGGGUGCCGGCUCAGACAAUUCCGUAGAACAUUCUGACUACAGAGCAAAACUCUCACAGAUUCGGCAGAUCUACCACACAGAGCUGGAGAAGUAUGAACAGGCAUGUAAUGAGUUCACGACCCACGUGAUGAAUCUGCUGCGGGAACAGAGCAGGACUCGGCCUAUCUCCCCCAAAGAGAUAGAGAGGAUGGUCAGCAUCAUCCACCGCAAGUUCAGCUCAAUCCAGAUGCAACUCAAACAGAGCACAUGUGAAGCUGUCAUGAUCUUGCGCUCUCGAUUUCUUGAUGCACGGCGGAAGAGAAGAAAUUUCAACAAGCAGGCUACAGAAAUUCUCAAUGAGUAUUUCUAUUCUCAUCUCAGCAACCCUUAUCCCAGUGAGGAAGCCAAAGAGGAACUAGCCAAGAAAUGUGGCAUCACAGUCUCACAGGUAUCAAACUGGUUUGGAAAUAAACGAAUCCGGUACAAGAAGAACAUAGGUAAAUUUCAAGAGGAAGCCAAUAUUUAUGCUGCUAAAACAGCUGUGACUGCCACAAAUGUGUCAGCCCAUGGAAGCCAAGCUAACUCACCCUCAACUCCCAAUUCAGCUGGUUCUUCCAGUUCUUUUAACAUGUCAAACUCUGGAGAUUUGUUCAUGAGCGUGCAGUCACUCAAUGGGGAUUCUUACCAAGGGGCCCAGGUUGGAGCCAACGUGCAGUCACAGGUGGAUACCCUUCGCCAUGUUAUCAGCCAGACAGGAGGAUACAGUGACGGGCUCACAGCAAGUCAGAUGUAUAGUCCGCAGGGCAUCAGUGCUAAUGGAGGUUGGCAAGAUGCUACAACUCCUUCGUCGGUGACUUCCCCCACAGAAGGCCCUGGCAGCGUUCACUCUGAUACCUCCAACUGAUCUCCCAGCAAUCCAGUAUCCCCGGCUGCUCCCACCCUGUCCCAGGCAGAGGUGGGGGUAGAGAGGGGAGAGUUUUUUUCUCCUGUUGAUACCAGCAGGCUGGAUUCAGAGCUGACUGGCCCACCCAACAGGAGUAUCCUUCUCUUCUCUCUGUGGGGAUGCUUUUUCAACCAGUCCUGGACACUUCUUUAUACUCUCUUCCCUUUCUUUUCUGGGUAGAAGCCACCUUUCCUUUUACCAUCACCAUUGCCUGUCCUCUCACAGCAAAAUAAUCAGAAGGAAAAAAAAAAGCAUCUGAAAGCAUUUGUACUUUUAUGUUGUUGCUAUUGUUGUUGUUGUGGUUGUUUUUUUUUAUCCAGUGUCAAUCCCUCCAGCCUACAAGGCAUCUGAUUGCCUCCCCAUUUCUCUGGUGUUUUCACUACCUCUUGUUAGGAGCCAUCUAAACUCUUCCCCUUGGCUUUUGGGCACCAUACCUCCUCCAUACGAGACAAUGAUCUGUUCCUUUAAGAUCCUGAAACUUGGUGAGUUGCCUUCCAGGACAAUCCCUGUUACAGGUUGGAUAAAUGCAAUCCAGGUGCUGCACGAUAUGGCCAUAACAUGCCAUAUGGUUACAAGAUAGGAAACUGUUAGCAAAGCUACUCUUUGCCAUCCCUUCAUGUCUCCUAUCCACCCUAGAUUUCAACCUUACCACUUCUCAAUUUGGUUGUUCCACAUUUUCAGUGGAACUGUAAUUAGGGCUGUGUGCAUCGUUCUUCAUGAAGAAAUGCAUAGUUCAGUGUUUCUCAACCUUGGCAACUUG